AUGGCAAGGAGUCACCGGUUUAGCUUCCGGUUACUCUUUCUCCUUCUUAUAAGCUUCGAAACGGCACGGCGUUUCUCUUCCGCUGAUCCAAACGACGAGACGUGUUUAAAGAAUCUCCGGCAGAGCUUAGAGGAUCCGGCGAGUAAUCUCCGGAACUGGACGAGCAACGUUUUCUCCAACCCUUGCUCCGGCUUCACCUCUUACCUCCCCGGUGCUACCUGUAACAAUGGCCGAAUCUACAAGCUAUCCCUCACUAAUCUCUCCCUCCGUGGCUCAAUCUCUCCGUUUCUCUCCAACUGUACCAACCUCCAAUCCCUAGAUCUAUCCUCGAAUCAGAUCUCCGGUGAAAUCCCGCCGGAGAUACAGUUUCUCGUCAACCUCGCCGUCCUCAACCUCUCGUCUAACCGUCUCUCCGGCGAAAUCUCCCCGCAGCUCGCGCUCUGCGCUUACCUCAACGUCAUCGAUCUCCACGAUAACCAGCUCUCCGGUCCGAUUCCUCAGCAGCUAGGACUCCUCGCGAGGUUAUCGGCGUUCGACGUGUCGAAUAACAAACUCUCCGGCCAGAUUCCGACGUAUUUGUCGAACAGGACUGGGAAUUUCCCGAGGUUUAACGCGAGCUCGUUCGUGGGGAACAAGGGAUUGUACGGAUAUCCGUUGCAGGAGAUGAGUAAAAGCAAAGGCUUAUCGGUGAUGGCGAUCGUUGGGAUUGGGCUCGGAAGUGGGAUCGCGAGCUUGAUGAUUAGUUUCACAGGUGUUUGUAUUUGGUUGAGGAUCACGGAGAAGAAGAUUGCUGAAGAAGAAGGCAAGAUUAGUCAAUCAAUGCCUGAUUACUAA